AUGGCCAAGAAAAAAAAAUUAACCACUUUACAACAUGGUGGGAUCUUGUAUGGUCGCAAUCGCGGUGAAUCAUAUUCAACUAUCACUAGAAAUGUUAAAUGUGAAAAGACUACAGUUCAUGAUAUCUUAAAACGUGCAGAAGUAGAAACUACCGUAGUGAAAAAACGUCCAGGCCGAAAGCCUAUUUUUGAUACACCCGCACUAGAAGAACUUAAAAAACUUGUUAUACAAGUUACUAAUUAUUAUCAUCUAAGUGCUCGUGAAAUACAAGAAUUAUGGAAUAAGGAAAAAAAUCAAACUGUCUCCAUUUCUACAAUAUGUCGUGCUUUGAAAAAAACUGGUCUUCGUUCAUGUGUUGCUCAUUAUAAACCACUAAUUUCUAAAAAAAAUAAAGAAAUACGAUAUGCUUGGGCUAAAGAUUACCUAAAUUGGUUGACACACCAAUGGCGAAAUAUCAUCUGGUCAAAUGAGUCUUUUUUUAGACAAUUUAUGUCAAGUCAUAAUAUCAGAGUUUGGCAUACCCCUGCUAAAGAAUUUGAUAAAUCAUGUCUUGUUCCUACUGUGGGUCAUAGUCCUGGUCAUAUAUUUUGGGGUUGUUUUUCAUGGCAUGGAUUAGAAUCAAUUAUUUCAAUUCAUGGCCGUAUAACUAAUUUUUUUAAUAAUGCUGGUAUUUCUAUGUUACCCUGGCCACCGCAGAGCCCAAACUUGAACCCAUUAGAGAACCUUUGGCAGGAGGUUGAAAGCCAUUUACGCAGUUCUUUGGAUAAAUCUACAAGCAUUGAAGAUUUGGAAAAAAAGGUUAAAGCUACUUGGAAUUCGAUUCCACCCAGAUAUUAUCAUGGGCUAGUCAAUAGUAUAUCCAAUCGG